UCUGACCUCGUAAAAGUAGAUAUGAUAUGUUUUCAGCUUAUGUUUAACUAUGACUGCCGUGAGUGUUGGACUAACUUUAAUUUACUAUCUUAGCUCGUUUACAAAACUUAAUUUAUUUGGAUUGUUUAAUGAUUACAGCAGUCUUUUGUUAAGUAUGUCGCAUCUGAAAAGGUCCCCAAGGAAUUUAAAUCAUUCCUUUACUGUUCUCCUUGAGGCUUGGAAGAAAAAUUUGCUCCAUGGCUUUUUAUUUAGUCUGUAUUAAGUUAUUUGAUUUUUCAUUUUUCCCAUCAAUUUCCUAUCCCUAUCAGAGCAUCAUAAUUUUACUGUUGUUAAUUCUUUUUUUAUCAUGUAAAGGAUUUCAACCAAUUUUUACAAGACAAUUAUAAAUGUGAUAUAAAAUUUUGCCCCAAAGUCAAACCUAUGGAAAAAACAUUAAUUUUUCUUGGAUUAAAGUUGGAACACUACCUUGCUUUUGACCCAGCCUAUUUCAGAUAUUGUUUUCUUGUUUUGGAUGAAGACUUUCUUAAAUGCAAUUAAAGAAGUUGAAUUUUAUGUAAACCUAAAUUGAUUAUACUCUCAUCUGCUUGUGGUCAAGAAGUUUUCAACCCCAUGCUAUUAGCACAAUGGUCAUUGAAAAUAUAUUUAUAAUUUUCUUGAUGAAUAGAGUAUUUUUAAAAAUCUAGCAAAGUUUGCAAGUACUUUACAAAUCACUGUGACAAGAUUUUGCUGUACUCUUCCCUUUUACAUACUCAAAUUUCAGGAGAUUCGUUAUUUUUCCUACUUUACUCGCAACUUUAUCUCAUGUUAUUACAUUUCCUCUAUCAUCGUUAUCCCAUAUUUUGACAUUGUUACCGUGACAAUCUAAACUAGAAUAUGAUUCUCAGUGUUUUGACUUUUACGCUAUCAAGGUUAAGGACUAAAACUGUCGUUCUUUUUCCUAAUGUAGGUAUCUGCCCUUGCUUAUACUUUUGUAGAAUGGGAGGCACCAUCAACUGACUGCUUUUGCCUCCAUAAUAUUGUGUAAUAAUUGUAAAGUAACUGGUUGACAUGAAAUGGCGACCAGUGUUGGUCAGACUUAUUAUGGAUGGUCACAGGAGGAGUUAUCUGAUCGAGAUGAUUCUCAAGAAGCUUCGGUCUCGCAAAUGCUUGAUCAUGGUUCUAUAUCCUUUGGAAGAUUUGCAGCUGAGUCAUUGUCAUGGGAGAAAAGGUCAGUGUUUACUCACGACAGACGCCAGGAGGAACUGGACAAGUUUAGUGGCUUAGUUGCCGAAAAGAAAGCAUACUUUGAAGAAUACUACAGAAGGCUUCGAGCUUUAAAGGCCUUGGAACAGAACCAGCAAACUGAGCUCACAUUGGAUUAUGGUGGUGAUGGUAGUAAUUCUAGCCAAACUGGAGAAGAUGAUGAAACAGCUCUGCAGCAUGGAAGUCUUAGAGAUGGGGCAGCAGAAACUAUUGAUGCCCCUUCUACAGAAACUGAAAAUGAACUAAACUUCAAGCAGGAUACGAAGUGCAGUCAAGCUCUUCAAACUAGACCGCUGUAUCCAGGAUCCACAACAUCAAAUAUAGACUCGCUGAGAAGAAGCAUGGAAAAAAUUGAGCCAGAGAAAAACUUUAACCAUGCUGUGAUGCAAGACCUGGACAGAGAAUCCUUGUCGUCAUUAAGUAGAAGCAUAGAAGAGAUUGAACAGAAUGAUAUCAGUAGUGUUGAUGACAGAGAGAUUCUGAGGGAACAGGAGAGUCCAGGGUCUAAUGUUGAAUCUGGGCCUCCUACCAACAGGUCUGUGUCAGACGUGACAAAUUCUAGAACCGGAGUCUCACAGCAUGCACCUGGUCACAACUUGAUACCAUACAAAACCAAACUGGCUGUUGAGAAACCUCCAGACUGUAAAUCAGUUCCUGAAGUGAAGAAGGCAAGAAACACCACGAUGGCAAUGACUUGUCUGAAGAUGCAAAGCCUCAGGUGUUCCCAUUAAAAGGAAUCAAUCAUCAGAUAGCUGCAAUCAUGCAUAAUGCAGUGUGUCAGCAGCUGCCUGCUGUGUGCGGUUAACUAGUUAUAAUACCUGUUUUCUCUCCUAGUUAAAAUGGCUGCUGCUGUCAAGUGGUACAUAUCUGUAGUCUGUGUAACUUGCUGUAUCAUAUAUGCCAUAAAAGGCUGUAAUUUAGAUCUUGUAUUGCUUUGGAGCGUUGA